AUGGCGAACCCCCGCGUUGAAGAGCUUCCCGACGAGGAGGUCAAGAAGACCCAGAUUGAGGAGGUCGAGGAUGAUGAGAGCUCUGAUGAGGAGGUCGAGGGCGAGAUUCCUUCCGGCAGCUCCACCACUCUCGUUCAGUCUCGCAACGAGAAGAAGGCCCGCAAGCUCCUCGAGAAGCUGCACCUGACCAAGAUUGAGGGCAUCACCCGUGUCACUCUCCGUCGCCCCAAGAACAUUCUGUUCGUUAUCAACAGCCCUGAGGUCUACAAGUCCCCCAACAGCAACACCUACAUUGUCUUUGGUGAGGCUAAGAUCGAGGACCUCAACGCCUCCGCCCAGCAGGCCGCUGCCCAGCAGCUUGCCGCCGCUGGCGGUGCCGACCACGACCACGCCGGCCACAGCCACGGCGAGUCCAGCAAGGCCACCGCUGCCGAGGGCAAGAAGGACGAGGAGGAGGAGGAGGAUGACGAGGAGGAGGUCGACGCGACCGGCAUUGAGGACAAGGACAUCGAGCUGGUCAUGACCCAGGCCAGCGUGAGCCGGAACAAGGCUAUCAAGGCCCUGAAGGAAAACGACAACGAUAUCGUCAACUCCAUCAUGGCGCUGAGUAUCUAA